GGUUUGCUUACGGAGCCUCGGCGCUAGGCUGUGGAAAUAUCCUAGUUCAGCGUCGAAGUUGAGUCUUCCGAGGUGCUGGCUGUGGAUGCCACCGACGCACCAUGGCGUCUGCUGCUCUCGGGCUGACGCCGCGCUGGGUGAUGCUCUUCGGUGCCGCGCUGCUGCUGCUUCUGUCCGUGGCCUCCGCGCAGGAGCCUUCGGGAAUGGGCUGUUCUCUGUACACAAACAGAUCCUGUGAAGAGUGCCUCAGGAAUGUCUCGUGCCUGUGGUGCAAUGAGAACAAGGCGUGCUUGGACUACCCAGUGAGAAAAAUCUUGCCCCCUGCUUCUCUUUGUAAAUUGAGUUCUGCUCGCUGGGGCGUAUGCUGGGUGAACUUUGAGGCCCUGAUCAUCACCAUGUCAGUGCUUGGGGGCUCUGUGCUCCUGGGUAUCACCGUGUGCUGCUGCUGCUGCUGCCGCCGGCGGAACAAGAGCCGGAAACCAGACAGGAGCGAUGAGCGGGCCAUCAGAGAGCAGGAGGAAAGGAGAGUGCGGCAGGAGGAGAGGAGAGCAGAGAUGAAGUCAAGACAUGAUGAAAUCAGGAAAAAAUAUGGUCUGUUUAAAGAACAAAACCCAUAUGAGAAGUUCUAGAGCAAUGGCACACACUUGCGGCAGAUCCUGCGGUUCCAAAGUUUCCUGGGAGUGCCCUCCUCAGCAUAGCCUGCGGAGACCUUACCACUACAGCCACCCAUGACCUGAGUCAUCCCUCCGGCCUCAGCACAGGCACCAGAGUGGCCUUGAGAGGACAAUCCUGCUCUUGUUCCUUCUAUCUCUGUAUGUAAUCACCUGAGACGUUAAUCUUGUUGACACCCUUUUAUGGGGGAGGAAAUGUACUCGGUCCCCACACUCUACACAGCUGGUAGCCUGAGGUGCUGACUGGCUGCUGAGUGGCCUUGCUGCGAGAUUCACAUUGCAACAAAUGAAGUUGUAUUUACUCUGUUAUGGCAAGGGUUGACCUGCCAUCCUUGCUUUCCCAAGGCUGUGUGGUGACUCAAGCCUAUUUCUGUGACAUGUCAUUGCUUUAGCUUUGGUGGCGUUGUGGAAGGCACAAUCCCCAUAGACAGUCUGGUACCCAGUUAUAUCCAGGAACACAGGAGCAUAGAAAGUCACUCAGUCUUUAGUCCCUCAGGAAACAGUCUCACCAAAACAUUUCAUGAAAAGUCCAGGCCUCUUUUAGAUGGCAUUUUUCAGUGUCUUUAAUAGACCAAGAAUCUUCUCCCCCAUGGGAAGUCUGAGUUAUGAAUUCAGUUUAAGUGCUGAGUCGUCUGCCUCAGUCUGCUUCUCCAGCUGUGGUGAUGCAUGGAGUCACAUGUCCUCAGAAGGGCUUUUAUGCAGAUCUUAGACUUCUCCCCUCUACCUGUCAGGCUGCCCAGUUGUGUGUAUCAUGGAGGAUGAACAACUUGUCCCCUGGCCAGCCCAUUGUGGAAGCUGAGUGUGUAGGAAGCUAGGAGGACCACGCCUCAUACUGUCAAACAGAAAACCUGCCUGAGCAGACACCACACCCACCUCAUUCCUACCCUGCUUCCAGCCAUGUCUCAGCUCACUGUAUCUGACACAUCAUCAUAGGCCCUUGGAAAUCUUGUCAAGGGACACCAAGGUUCCCACGAUUCUAUCCACAGUGUACCUUUCUCUGGACUCCAGAGGUGUCACUAGUAAGCAGAUUACAAGCUUGAUGGUAGGGUAAUGAGCAAAGAUAUCCUCCUGGGAAAGCAGCCACCAGCAGAUGAGGUGGCCUUACGGCAGGCUCCUUCAUGCCUGAACACCUCACCUAGCAGCUCAGUAACCUUUUCAACUCUGUCGAUCUGUCCAGGGGAUUAAUAUUUCUCCCCUCCAAUUUUCACAAACUAAGGGAAUGACCUUCACCACUCUGGAGACUCACCAUUUUUCUGUCUCAUUAGGCAAUAACAUAACAUCUCAUAUUAUAGCAGCCAUUGAGACUUGCCUUUCUACCAUCAGUUGAUAAAGGAACCCACCUCACAGGCCCUGAUGAACUUUGUAUUAAUAUGUAGCAUGUAUACGUCAUACCUGUUAGUUGCUGAGCUGAUGUUAGAAUGAGCAACUGCAGAGUAUUUAAAUCUCCAGUGUAGAAAUGUAGUGGGUACUCACCGGACUGGUCUGUGCCAUCCUCUGAGCAGCAUAAAGAGCAGCCACAGACCUGCACCUGAAACCAUGACACCCAGUGCCUUACUUUUUAACCACUUUCCAAUAAAAUGGUCGACUAUG